UAUGCUAAAAGUACACGAAUUCUUUUCAGUAGCCACUCAAUUAGCCUACAAUGCAGCAAUAAUUAUUAAUCAAAUAAGAUUAUCUGCUGAUAUUGGUUAGAAAUGGAAAGGAAUUGAUGAUCCAGUCACAAUUGCUGAUGUUAAAGCCUAAACUUAUAUUAUUUAAUAAUUGCAUAAACAUUGGUAAUUUUAAUCAUUUAAUAUACAAGGCCAUAAUUAAAGAUAGUUGGAGAAGAAACUACUGUAUAUGAUUAACCAAUAGAUUUACCUGAUACUAAUUGCAAUCUUUAUACUGAAGAUAUCUUUACUACAACACCUAACAAUCUUAAGGUUAGAACACAAUAUGAAAUAGAAGAUCUUUGUGUAUGGGUUGAUCCUUUAGAUGGAACACUUGAUUUUGUUUAAGGUGAUUUUGAUUGUGUCACCACUUUGAUUGGUCUAUCAUAUAAGAAAAAAGCUUUAAUGGGAAUUAUCUCCUAACCAUUUGUUAAAAUUGCUGAUAAAUAAUAUGAGUUUAAACCUAAGAUAUAUUUUGGUCAUCAUCCAUAAAGAAGAGUUUUUUAUACAUAUGAUACUUAAUCAUAGAUUCCCUUUGAACUUUUAAAACCAUCAUAUAAUCCUUCAAAUAUUGUAUUGUGUACACAAAAUAAAAGGAUAGAUGAAACAAAAUUAGAAAAAAUAAAAUCACUUGGUUGUUCUCUACUUUAAAUGGGAGGAUCAGGUAAAAAGAGUCUUACAAUAUUGGAAUCUAAGGCAGAUUUAUAUCUAUAUCUUGGUAUUAGGAUGAGUAAAUGGGAUAUAUGUGCACCUGAUGCCUUAUUUUAAGCAUUUGGAGUAUUAAAUUAUUAUUGAUUGAUUUAGGGUCGUUUUGUAGGAUUAGAAGGAUAAAUUUAUGAAUACAAUUCUGAAGAUAAGAUAUAUGAUAAUCCAUAUGGUCAUUUAGCAAGCAUUCAUAAUGAAUUAGUGGAUAAAUUCCUACCAAAAACCACUGGAAUGUUAUGAAAGU